AUGAGCAGGCUGAUAGCAAAGCCAAUAAUAACACCGUAUUUGCAAUCAAUCAUAAAUAACAAUUUAAUACGUUCUAGUUUUUCUCAAUUUAGAUAUUCCACAAUUAAUCAAAUUCAAUUUAAUAAACAUUUUGAUCCAAUAAAGAAAAGACCAACUAAAUCACCCGAUUUACAGAAUAAUCCAUUCAAAAAGGGAGUAAUCCUUAAAGUCAUGAUUGUAAAACCAAAAAAACCAAAUUCGGCACAAAGAAAAUGUUGUAGAGUUAGAUUAACUAAUGGUAAAGUUGUAAGUGCUUUAAUUCCCGGUGAGGGACAUAAUUUACAAGAACAUCAUGUUGUUUUAGUUAGAGGUGGUAGAGUUCAAGAUUUACCUGGUGUUAAAUAUCAUUUAGUUAGGGGUUCUAAUGAUUUGGUUGGUGUUCAAGGUAGAACUACUAGGAGAAGUUUAUAUGGGGUUAAGAAACCUAAACUCUAG